AUGUCUUCUGCUGGAUUGGUCUCGAUUGUUCCUGUCCGUGAGGAGGGCGUGAUUUUCUCCCCUUGUCGAUUGCUCGAACACGGCCAAGAAUCAAUCUUGAUUUAUCUGGCCAUGUCGGGCUCUCUGGUCCCAAUGCGCGUCCUGAAAUCCGACUCGAUAGAAGCCGUGAAGCUUAGGAUUCAGAGCUGUAAAGGCAUUUUCACUAGGAACCAAAAGCUUGUCUGUGGGGGUAAAGAAUUAGCCCGCAGCAAGUCCCAUCUCGAAGACUACAGUGUGAGCGGUGGAAACGUGCUGCAUUUGGUCCUUCGCCUUGCGGACCUUCAGAUUAUCAACGUGAGGACUUGCUGUGGGAAAGAGUUCACUUUUCAUGUCGAAGGAAAUCGGGAUGUCGGCUAUGUCAAGCGCCAGGUAGCAAAGAAGAGGAAUUUCGAGGCUGAUUGUGAUGAUGAUGAGGUCUUGCUUGAUGGCGAGCCGAUUGAGGACCAGAGGUUGUUGGCCGAUAUUUCCAAAAACGAGACGGACGCCACUAUUCACUUGUUCGUGCGGAAAAAUGCCAAAAUUAGGGCUUUGCCCGUCGGGAAGAACUUCGAGCUGUCGAUCACGGCCCCACAGCCGACCGAAUUAAGUGAGCAUGAUAAGGAAAGUGGGGCCGUUGAACCAUACUUGACGAGAGAGCCAACGCUUUUGGAGCCAUUGCUAGUGAACCCGAAGAUCAAAGUGCCUCCGGAGAUCAAGAAUCUCGUUAGUUCCACUCUGGAAGGAUUAAACAAAGGGAAUUAUCCUAUUCGGUCUCCGGAAGGUACUGGCGGGGCUUAUUUUAUGCUGGACGCCUCGGGUGGCAAGUGCCUUUCCGUGUUUAAGCCAUCGGAUGAGGAGCCUAUGGCCGUGAACAACCCUCGAGGGCUGCCUCUGUCGACUGACGGCGAGGGGUUGAAGAGAGGAACACGGGUCGGGGAAGGAGGGAUUCGAGAGUGUGCCGUUUACUUAUUAGACCACCCGAAAAAUGGGCGGCGCUCGUUUUCCAGCGAUGUUGCGGGCUUCGCCGGGGUCCCACCGACGGUCUACGUUAGGUGCCUUCACGAGAGCUUUAACCACCCAAAUGGGGAUGUGGGUUUCAAGUCCGGGUCGCUUCAGGCGUUUGUGGAUAAUGAGGGAAGCUGUGAGGAUGUGGGGCCCGGAAGUUUCCCAAUGGAGGAGGUGCACAAGAUUGCUGUGCUGGAUAUGAGGGUGGCAAAUGCCGACAGGCAUGCUGGGAAUAUAUUGAGGAGCAAAGGUGCUGGUGGACAAGUUGUGUUGACUCCGAUUGAUCACGGCUAUUGCUUGCCCAGCAGCUUCGAGGACUGCACGUUCGAGUGGCUCUACUGGCCCCAGGCCCGCCAGCAUUUCAGCCCCGACACCCUCGACUACAUACAGUCGCUAAACGCCGAGGAGGACAUCGCCUUACUCAGGUUCUACGGGUGGGACCCACCGCCCGAGUGCGCCCGCGUUCUGCGCAUAUCCACCAUGCUUCUCAAGAAGGGGGCUCGAUUGGGCCUCACGCCCUUCGCCAUCGGCAACAUCAUGUGCAGGGAGACCAUUCGGGAGGAGUCCGUAAUCGAGCAGAUUGUCCGAGAAGCGUGGGAUUCCAUCCUCCCCGGCUCGUCAGAGGCUGCAUUCCUCGAGGCCGUGUCGAACACCAUGGACCACCACCUGGAGGGGAUCGAACGUGGGUCUCGUGCGUAG